AAAAUCAACAACGCAGUCCAACGCGCCAACACGUCCGCAAUUAAAUCGUCCACAGCAUUUCUCGCAGACCUUUCGGAGUGCAACCGCUCUGUUUUCGUCUAGAAGAUCUAUUACUCUCUCAAGCAUAUCAACAACGGCAACAAGUCAAAAUGGGCUGCUCUACUUCAAAGACCGCAGCUCGCAAUUCCACCAACUCGACCACUCCCCUGAACAUCGAAGUCCGCAGCCCAGCCCAGGCAAACUUCCCUCGCAGCCCCGGUGUCCAUGACCUCAACACCUUCGACCCACAGCAAGACCGCCACGAAGCAAACGAGAUUGUAGUCACGUCCUUCGCUGGCGAUGAUCCCGAGUCCGGCAUUACUCACCCCAAACCAGCAAGACCCUUGAAACGCCGCUACUCGGAGCUCUUGGACCCAAAACAACUCGAGGACAAGACAAUCAGAAGCCCCAGUGGUAAUCUGCUUAGCCGCAGUACCUACAACCUCAGAGACGAUCGUCCUUUGAGUGUCCGCGAGAGACAAGAGAUUAUCCGUCUGAAGUUGAUGCAGGAAAAGAAGGCGGCAGAAGUGGUCGAGGUCAACGAAGUCAAGCGCAAUUCUGUCAAGCUUCCUGACAAGAGAGGCUUGGGCGAGAAGAAUGAAAAGCGUGGAGGCUGCCUUGGUUGCUUUGGCGCCUAGAGGGCAGACAUCUUGACUUUUCUGGAUCUUUGGACAAAGGCGCUUUGGUUCUUUUGACAUACCCGAUCACGUCACAUUGUCACAAGGCGAGGAACAGAGGGAAACAUUGUGGACGGGCCCAUUCACAUCAUAGCCUUCUCACUAUCUUUGGGGCUGGACGAACAUUGUGUUGGCGGAUCCUCGAUUGAUGUCAAACACGAUACCCCGGGUAUUCAUCCACGUCACCUUAAAUACUUCGUAUU